AUGAAAAAAUUAAGAACAAAAAAUGAAUCAGAAAAGCAAAACGUGGCAGUCAAAGACACGGAAGGGAAAGAUGGAACAAGAAUAGAAAAUUUCGAUUACAAAAGAAGUUUAUCAGUUUAUGAUGCAAUUUUAUUAAUUUUAAUUUUGCUUAUUUCAUUAUAUUGCGGGAUUUUCAUGGAAUCUCAAUGUCCAGAGAACGAUAAUCAACUAAAUGAAUUAACUUAUUGGCUUUUCAAAAACAAUUACCAACAUUUCAAUGAAUCUUUCAAGACAGUGCAAACAAUAUUUGAUCAGCUUGGAUUUAAAAUGGUGAACGGAUCAAGAAACGAAUCGUGGAACAUCAUGUGGAGUGAAGAAUUUCCUUUUGAAAAUAAUCCAGAUUUGCUUGCCGCAAUCAAACCCAAUCAACUUAUUAAUCACUUUCCAGGCAUAACUUACCUGACGAAUAAAAAAUAUUUGGCAUUGUCAUCGGAUUCAAAAUACAUUCCAACAGCUUUCGAUCUUCCCCGAUUAAAAAAUGAAUUUAUUUAUUAUCAGAGAGCGAAUUUAAGCAAGCGAUUUGUUGUGAAAAACUGGCAUAGUCGUGGAAUAAGAAUCAUAGAUGUAAAAACAAUGGAUUUUCAACUUGGCCAAAUGAGAUACGUUCAGGAAUUUGUCGACAAUCCUUUGUUAAUAGAUGAUCGAGCAUUUGACGUGGGUGUUUAUGUGCUAAUAACAUCCCUUGAUCCUUUAAGAUUUUACCGAUAUAAAGGUGACAUUUUACUUCGCCUUUGUGCUGAUCCUUAUUAUCCUUUUGAUCCUGAGAAUGUCAAUUCAUAUGUGGUGAAUGACAAGCACCUUCCUUACUGGGAAGCUCCAUCGUUUGUUAACACGACCAAACAGUUUAAGUUCUCAGCACUUGAUUCACUCAAUUUACAUCUUUCUCGAAAUGGUCACAACGUAAAGAAGUUCUGGAAAGGUAUCGAUGAUGCAAUCAUGUCUGUUAUUCUUUCGAAAACGGAACGAAUAACACUUUUCACCUUAAGAUUUUUCAAAGCUCAGGCAGAAUAUUUUGAGUUAUUAAGAUUCGAUUUUCUCAUUGACGAUUCUCUUUCACCUCAUCUCAUGGAGAUCAAUAUCAGUCCAAAUCUAACGCCAACCAGCGAAAGCGAAGAGCCGCUAAGAAUAAUGUAUGAACAGAUUCUUUACAACACGCUGACAUUGGUGGCAAAUCGAGGAGAACUCAUUGAAAGAUUGGAUUUCAGUGAUUCAAAGUUUACUGUCAAAACAGUUUCAAAAGAUUCGAUGUUGUCUUCCAAAUCAAAUCUCGUGAUUCAUCCAGAAAUUUGUGAAAAUUGUUUGAAUUCGUGUAAUCAGACCGAAUGUGAGCUUUGCACGAAUUGUCUUUCGCAAACUGAAUUAAGAAUACUUCAACAAGCAUAUCGAGAACAUCAGAGAAGAGCUCAAAUGAUGCGAAUGUUUCCAUCAAAAGCCGUAUUUGAACCCAACAGAAUGAAAAAAUUAUCAAAUUCAACUCAACUGACUGUUAAAUGGUUUUUGGCGAAAUGUGAGGUUGAUGAAGAUUGGUGUUAAGUUAACUCAA